AUGGCUCCAGAAGUAAUUCAGAAUUCAGAAGGAUACAAUGAGAAGGCAGAUAUCUGGUCUCUAGGGAUAAGUGCAAUUGAAAUGGCGAAAGGAGAACCUCCACUUGCAGAUCUCCACCCUAUGAGAGUUCUUUUCAUUAUACCUCGGGAAAAUCCACCACAGCUGGAUGAGCAUUUUUCCCGCCCUAUGAAAGAAUUUGUCUCCUUGUGUUUAAAGAAGGUGCCUGCUGAGAGGCCAAGCGCAAGGGAACUUCUAAAGCAUCGUUUUAUCAGGAAUGCCAGAAAGAGUCCAAGGCUUUUGGGGAGAAUCAGAGAGCGCCCCAAGUUCCAAUUAAAAGACGAUGCAGAGACCCCUAGAAAUGGUCAGAGAGCUUUAGGGGAGGCAUCUGGCACUGUGAAAGUGACAACAGAUUCAAGAGUUGAAGAUUUUGUUCGAACAAGUAGUCAGGAAAAAACCCUGCAAAAUGCUGAGUGGGACUUCAGUAUUGGUGGAGCAACUAGUACUGGAACAGCCCUGAGUGUGGUAAGAUCACCCCAGAUUAAAGAAAGGAAGCCAGAGGUUCUAUUAAGUCAAGCCACCUCAAGAAAAAAUAUAGACAGUGGUAACCUGUGGUUGUCUUCUGGAAGCACGCCUUAUGAUUCAUCAGAAAUUUCUUUGGGAAAAAAUGAUAGAGAGCCAUACAAUGUCGAAAAACAAGAUUACUACCAUGAAGAUGAAGAACUCUCAAUGAGCGGGACGGGCACCGUUGUUGUACGAUCUCCAAGAGUUCAGCCAUCCUUUUUAUUCAGUGAUCAAAGUACAUUGUCUAGUAGCACAUAUGCUUCUUUUGAGGAUGCUUCCUCCAGUGGUACUGUUGUUUACCGUGGACAACAUGAUGACUCAGAUUCUCCUCGAACGCCAAAGUCCAGACUGGGCAUCCAAGAGAGAACUUCAAGUGCAUCACUUGAAGACAGUGCAAUAACCUUUGCUGAGGCAAAGGCUGCCAUUCAAGGAGGAUUAAGGAAAGGAAAUGUCAGAGAAAGGUCUGUACUGGGCAAGGUCAAUAAUGAUACGCAAGAACAUCAAAAAUCAGAGCAAUCAACAAAUAGUUCUGAUUCUUCAAGGCCCUCUCGUGAUUACUUUGUUGAGCAAAAAGAAUUUCCAAGAUCACGCCAAGCAAGAGAUGAAGAAGACAGUGCCAGAAUUUCCGCAGCAUCAUCAUCUGGCCCAUUAUCCAUUCUGCUCAUUCCUUCAUUAAAAGAGUGGCAAAUUCAUUUAUGGAUUUGGAGUGCAUGAAGCCUGGGGUUGGUGAAAUUAUUGUCACCAGGUUGCUUCAGCGACUAGCAAGUUCAAAGGAGUCUUCACUGAAAGAUCUGCAGGAGAUGGCAGCUCGCAUCUUCACAAAAGGCAAGACAGCUUCAGAGCAUCAAACAGAGAAUAUAAAUGCAGAAGUUGAUAGCAAUCUAAAGCAACAAAAUAAAGAGCUUCACUCAAAUGCCAAUUUGGGCCCACUUGCAAGGUUUUUACUUUCAAGAUGGCAAGGCCUAGUUUCUCGAGAUCUAAACCCAGCGUAAAUAGAGGUCUGAUCGUGUCUACUUUUAUGAUUUUUAUUGUGUUUUCUGUUUAUCCAUUGAUUUUGAUUAAAUGCGCAUUUCGUUUCAAGAAAACUUGUCGACUUUACAUUUUCUGUGUUGAUGUAGAACUAGUUGCUAGUAUUGCUUUGUCAGUGUCAUUAAAUAACUAUAUGUAUUAAUGAAUUAAUUAUCGUUGUGCUUGGAACU